UUCUUCUCCACCUACACCAAGACAUGUAGUUAACUCCCUCUCUCUCCCUCUCUCUCUCGAUCUCUCUCUCCCUCUCUCCGUCUCUCCCAACACUUCACUUUAAUGGGUACAACCUCCUCAACUCUCUCCAACUCCACCUCCUCCACACACCGUCCCAUCAAACUCAAACUCGAUGACAUACCCGAAAGCUGCGUUGCCUUGGUCCUCUCGUAUUUAGACCCCCCUGAGAUUUGUCAGCUCGCGAGACUUAACAGGGCUUUUCGGGCUGCUUCAUCUUCUGAUUUUAUAUGGGAUGAUAAGCUGCCCGGGAACUAUAAGUACCUUGUGGACAGGUUUCUUGAUGUGGGCUCUGCUCAUCUUCUCAAGAAAGAUAUUUAUGCUAGGCUUACCAAGCCUAUUUCGUUUGAUAAGGGCACCAAGCAAACAUGGGUGGACAAGAGAACUGGAGGGGUGUGCUUGUCGAUUUCGGCAAAGGCGAUGUCGAUUACAGGGAUUGAUGAUCGGAGAUACUGGAAUCACAUUCCGACUGAGGAAUCCAGAUUUCAUACAAUUGCGUAUCUUCAACAAAUUUGGUGGCUUGAAGUAGACGGGGACAUUGACUUCGAGUUUCCCACAGGAACAUACAGCCUUUUGUUCAGGCUCCAGCUUGGAAAGAUAACAAAGAGACUUGGACGCAGGGUUUGUAAUCCUGGAAACAUACAUGGCUGGGACAUAAAACCCGUCCAGUUCCAACUAACAACACUGGAUGGCCAACAUGCUGUAUCGCGUUGUUUCUUGGACAAUCUAGGAAACUGGGCUUACUAUCACGCAGGAGACUUUGUGGUCGAGAAGCCUAAUGCAUUGACAAAUAUUAAAUUUUCAUUGACGCAGAUUGAUUGCACUCAUACGAAAGGUGGUCUCUGCGUCGACUCUGUUUUGAUAUGUCCGAGUAGCUUAGGGAAGAAUCUGAGAUGCACAGUUUAGAUUAUCAGAAGUGGUGUGGAAACUGUAAAUAGUUAUGGUACAAUCAAACAGGAUAGCUGCUCUGCAGCCAUCAAAUUAUUUGCAGCUUGGUGUUUGGGAAGCAAUGCUAGUUUUCUUCUCUUGUACUAUACAUGUUGCAUGUAUUUUUGUUAGGAUCUUCUCAUUUUUCUUUUGUGAGGUGAGUGUUGUACAUAAAUCAGGAAUGUAAUAGUUUGUUAGUUAUAUCAUAAAUUUCAGAUUGAAAUUUCGUA